AUGUCAAAAUUACCAUUUGAAUGUCUACAAACGAUAUUUCAUGAACUUGAUGAGAAGGCAUUGUAUUCUAGCAUCCUUGUAAAUCGUGCAUGGUGUCAAAUAGCAAUUCCACUUCUAUGGUCUUCUCCGUUUCAUUUCCUUCACAAAAGUGAUAAUAAUUAUUCCAUGGCGAUUUAUUCAACUUCGUUGAGUUCAAAUUCUUCAACAAUCUUGAUACAGACAUAUUUACGCUGUUUUCCCGAAGCCAUUCAAGCUUCAUUAAUCGAAAAUGGAUUAAUGCUUCCUCCAUCAAUAAUACAAUCAUUACCACCUCUAUUCCCUUAUGACAAGUAUAUUAGAUCAAUUAGUUACUCCAAAAUGUAUCACGUAAUAAGCGAAUGGUUUGAAUCGGAAAUUGAUGAUUUAGAAGAUAUUGAUGAAAGGGAAGGUUUAGAAUAUUUGGUUACAGAAAAAUUAAUUCGUUUAUUCAUUUCUUCAUCUCUUUCGAUAACGGAUCUUUCAUUAACGGAUGAAGAUGGGAUACCUUCUCUACCACCAAUUUCCUUAUUCCCAAAUGCCGAAAAUUCUCUAAGUAAACUUGUAAAAUUUACUUGUAUAGGAGAUUACCAGUAUAAUAUGAAAGAUCUAUUUAUCUCGCUCACGGGAAUUUCUAGGAAUAUCAAAGAGAUAAUUAUCGGAGGUCUUUCCACUUCAAUCGAAAUUAAAUUAUUUGGUAAAUUAAUUAAAUCCCAAAGAGCAUUAAAGUCCAUCGAAAUACUUGGGAAUGGUCCGAUUGAUUUACAAAUGAUUUCUUUAGAUAUUUUACAACCAUUAAAAACACAACAAUACUCUCUAGAAAAUAUUAGAUUCAUGAAUUGUGAUUUUGAGGAAUGUGCUACGUUAUAUCCAAUUACAUUCCUUCCAAUGUUGAAGAGCAUUGAAUUUGAAAAAUGUAGAAAUUUAGCAUUACAAGAUUUAACGUCCCUAGAUAUGAAAAAGUUACCUAAACUUCAGAUCUUUAAAACGCGUGAAAGUUACAUACCACCGUACACCCUCGAAGCGAUCAUUUGUAAUUCACACGAGAGUUUACGUGUAGCCGAGUUAAGUCGUAAGUUAUCCCAAGAUGAAUCCAGAAUUCUAUUAUCGAGGAUUCCUUCACGUUGUACACGAUUGGAAGUCUUGGACAUUAGGAUAUAUCAAGAGGAUAUUGGAAGUUUCUUAAAUUUAUUGAAAUAUUGUGAAAAUUUAAGGGAAUUGACUGUAUUUGGAGAUGUUUAUGCUGAGGAAUUGUUACCCUUAAUUGCUUUAAAUUUACGUUCAAAACAUUUACAAAAAUUAUGUUUUAUUGGAAGGUGGGUUUUUAGCAAAACUAGCAUGAAUACUUUCCUUCAAGGGUUUAAGUCCAAAGAAAAGUUUCGAGAAUUACAGGUAUCGCAAGGGCAAGUCGGAAGUGAAAUUACAAAUCAAGAACGUAUCAUAAUUUGUAAACCUCCGAAAAUCUUAAAAUUUCAAUCAAAUGAUGUGAUUAAUAACGAUCAUUUGGAUGUUAUAGUCGAUUGGGUUUUUAGUGAAAAAUCUAUUAAGAAUGGCAAAUGUGAUUUAGAGAAAUUGGAACUUGUUUGGUGUCAAAAAUUAUCUCACGACGUUCUUCAACGAACGAAAUGUUUGUACGGACUUGUCGUCGAAAUAAAAAAUUAUUAG